AUGAAACAAGACACCUACACGGGCGAAGUGCUGAAGAAAAAGACUCAAAACAAAUAUACCCUCGGUGGAAGAAAAAAAGAAGACCACUACACGGACGAAACGGACGAGGUUCUGAAGAAGAAGACUGAAGACUACUACAAGGACGGAGUGCUGAAGAAGAAGAAUGAAGACUACUACACGGACAGGGUGCUGAAGACGAAGGCUGAAGACUACUACAAGGAGGGAGUGCUGACGAAGAAGACUGAAGACUACACGGACGGGGUGCUGAAGAAGACGACACAGACGAGGUGCUGA